AUGACUGAGCCCGUCUCGGUCCCCGCCCGCCCGCGCUCCCCUGGCCACACCCUCCGCCUGGACGCAGCCUCGGCGACUGCCCUCUCCCCACGAGGCGGCCAGCUCGGGACCCCCGGCUCUGACAUGUCGCCAUCUGGUUGCCUGUGUCUCCUCACCAUCCUUGGCCUGGUUCUCCCCGCCCGAGGACAGACAUUGGAGGAGACAAGCUCUCCUCCUCCAAAGGAGCCAAACACUGUGGAUAGUCACACCUCGACUCAAGCCCCAGACGCUGUCCACCCUGACCUCCCGUCCACCCCUCAGAUUCCAACCCCGGAGGCUGCUGUGGAAACAACACAGAACCAGAACAAGACCCAAACCCAGCAACCAAUGGGGACGGAUGUGCGUCUAACAACAGAUCCAAGGACGGAUGUGGAAGGCACCACCCUGCCCGAGAGACUAUCCACAGGCAAAGACAUCAGGAUGGACCCCCAACCCCACAAGCCGGCUGGGUCAGGUGAGGAUACGGACAACCCCUUCUUCUAUGACGAGGACACCCUCCGGAAACGGGGGCUGUUGGUGGCGGCCGUGCUCUUCAUUAUGGGCAUUGUCAUCCUCACCAGCGGCAAGUGCAGGCAUUGGUCCCAGCUGUGCCGGAAUUAUUGCAGGUGAGUCCGGCAGAAGUGGGGGCCGACGGCCCGAUGGGCACCCCAAGACCGAGCCCCCCACCUGCUCGCCGCCCUCACAGAGCACAGAGCGCGAUCCCAGAUGAAGCCCGGCCUGGGAGGGGAGACACGAUGGACCGUGGCCGGGACCGAGCAGCCCCAAGCCCCCGACCCACCCCCGAAGGCUGCCCUGGCGGGUUACCCAUUCUGUUCAGACGAAAAGUAAAGCACUGUGGUCUUUGCC